AUGGGUAUUGUGAAAAUUUGCUUUGUUGAAAAUGUCUUCAUGGUGGACAAAGGCCUCCUGGAGCUCAAUUGCGAAUACUUCCGUGCUCUUUUCCAUUCUGGGAUGAAGGAAUGCCACCAGGAUGAGAUUUAUCUUCCGGCACUGAGUGCUCGAGGCUUCUUGGUCACCCUCCGGGUGUUAAAUGGAGAGAGACCCAUUUUUAACGGAGACGAAAUUGUUGAAGCUAUACAAUGUGCUGCUUUCCUUCAUGUAGAGGUUCUAACCGAGCAUCUCGUGAACAUUGUCAAUUCAGACAACUGUCUUCUUAUGUAUCACACAGCUGCUACUUUUGGGCUAUUUAGGCUCUUCAACAGUACUGCUUUGUUUAUUCGGGACAUGUAUGAAGACCUCAAAGAAGAUGUGAAGUGCCUACCCGAGGAUUUGAUUGAAUAUGUCAAGUCCCUUAUUCCUAAUACAUAUGUGACUGUAGGCACUCACUCGCCAACUAUCAAGCUUCUGCAGGACUUCAUGAGAACGGUUUGUUAUCUGGAUGAAGAUGAGAAGGAUUGGAAGAUUCUCACACAUUUACCCAUCGAUGCUAGUACCACCAUGGCAGGUGUCGCAGUCCUUGACAACAAGCUCUACAUUGUUGGAGGGGUCUACGACGUUACCAACAGAGUUGUAGACUCGGGGUUCUGCUACGACGUAUCUACAGACACUUGGAGCACAUUUUCCAGCCCGCAAAAACUUCGUUACAACUGCACCUUGGUUGGCCACGAGGGCAACCUUUACAUCAUUGGUGGAGAGCACAACAAGACCGUAUUGUCCUCUGUGGAGAGGUACAAAGUCUCGACGGACACUUGGAACUUUGCCGCCCAUCUGCCGAGACCUACAGCCGCUGUCGCUUGCACCAAAACAAUGAGCAGACUGUUCAUCUGCCUCUGGAAACCCAAAGACGCUACAGAGAUCUACGAGUACAUCCGAAAGGAAGAUAAGUGGGAGCUAACCACCACACUUGUUAGGCAUCAAAGUUAUGGCCAUUGUAUGGUGGCCCACAUGGACAACUUGUACGUAAUGAGGAAUGGACCAUCUGAUGACUUUUUGAGAUGCAGGAUGGACUGUUACAAUCUCACCACGGGUCAGUGGACGGCCAUGCACGGGCAGUACGAAAACAGCAAAGGAGCCUUGUUUACCGCAGUGGUGCGUGGGGACUCUGUUUUCACUCUGAAUAGCAGGGCAACGGUGGAAUACGCUAUUGAGGAGAACAAGUGGAGGACGAAAAAAGAAAUGACAGGAUUUUCAAGAAUUGGCUCCAUGUGGACUUUUCUCCUGAGACUGCCAAAGAAAAGCAGCCAGGUUUUAAAAAAGAAUCAUAACGGACCAGAGAUCUACAGCCUCCCUUCAAACUCUGUAAAAUGCCCUGAAUGA